AUUAAGAAAUAGAACUGAUUAAUUUUGCGCCUGUGGAAAGAGAAGAGAAGAGAACUCGGUCGAAGAGGGUAUUAUUUUCCGCAGCCAUGGCUUCCAACACCGCUCUCAGAUCCGCAGCAAAGCUUAUUCGCUCCUCUCAAUCAUUCAUCUCUAAAUCACCAUCUGGUAGCCGAGGUUUCCAUUCUACUGGCAUCAAGAGAGGCGGUCAUGGCCAUGAUGAGCCAUACUACAUGCACGCAAAGCACAUGUACAACUUGGACAGGAUGACCAAUCAGGGAUUGAAAAUGUCCCUUGCAGUGUUCACCGGCUUCAGCAUUGGUGUCGCGGUUCCUGUCUAUGCAGUCAUUUUCCAGCAAAAGAAGACAGCAUCAGGAUAGGUCCUCAUUGUAAGAUGAGAUUGCAUAGCAUAUAAGAACAGUUGGGGGGUCCUGAACUGUCUUGGGUUGCUAGGUUAUUGCUUUAUUGCUUUGACAUUUGUUUCCGUCGAAAAUUCAAACGGAAAACCAAAUUUUCCAUUACUGGAGUAAUAAUUAGUUAACGGUUCUCUGGUUGUAUGCUGUGAUGUUAUAAGACUUACUGCUUGAACAACACAUUAAUGUCUUUACAUGGUCUUUGUCACCUUA